AUGGAAAGUCUUGAAAGUCGUAUAAAUAAUAUGAAUAUAGACGAUGGUCCAUGGAGACAACAUGAUCAAUCGCAGCCGGUAUGGGGAAAUCAGGGAGUUCAGCCAGCUAGAGUUUGGGGACAACCACAAAUGCAGUUCAACCAGCAGCCAUCGAGAAGCCCGUGGCAGGAAAGCGGAGACCUCGAGCAAGGAGUUAACGAGGCUCUGGGAUUGACCAGUGCCAGCACCAAUCAAUGGGGAGCACCGCUUUCGGGUGGGCCGAACGAUUUUGAAAAACAGAUUUGGUCGGAUCCGAACAAUGAUCAAUCGUUCAUGCCACCACAUCGUGGCGUCUCAAGCAUUCCAGAAUGGUCGACGGGAGGAAUGAGCACAUCAACGCAACCCCCAAUUUGGGGCGACAUUGGAUUCAACAAAGAGGCUGAACCAUUCUGGAAACAUCAGCCCCCACAGCAGCAGACGCCGUGGGGAGCACCGCCAGCGCAGCGGAUGCCUGGCGGAUGGCCACCACGCCAGAUGGGUCAUCCCGCCGGUCCACCGCCACCGCUCAAUCAGGGCCGCGCGCCAUUAAUGCCGCAGCAAGUACCGGAUUUUUCGACUGGAUGGGCCACCAACGGAAUGAUGCGCCCAAAGCAAGGCGGAAUGGGUUGGGGAGACCAAUCUCAGCAUCGCAUGCCAGGAAUGCCACCGCGAACUGGAGGAGGCGGGGGCCGCAUGCAGCAGGGGCCAGGACGAUUCCCUGGCGGAAUGCCGGGAGUCGAUGUAACCGUUCCACCACCCAUCGAUCUCGGUCAUCUCGGCCAAAACGGAAUCAUACGUCCGAUGGGAGGGCCACAAGGAGGUCAUGGAUCGUGGAAGAACCACGGCGGUGUCAACAACGGCAUGCAAGGAGCACCGAACGGCGGCCGCCAGCCGUAUCAGCCGCGCGGCGGAAUGAAUCACGGUCACGGCGGCGGGAAUGGCGGCGGAAACUGGGCGCAAUCUAAUAACAUGUGGAAUGCGCAAGGCGGCAACACCAACAACAUGAAUCCGAUCGGGACUGGAAUCACCGACUUCAAUGCACAACAACAAAAUGGCGGCAAUAAUGAUCUUGACCUUACCGUCUGGCAAGAUCCGAAUGAAGUGAUCAAGAAAUGGCAGCGCGAUACCGGUGUUUCUCAUUGGGGAGAACCAAAUGAAAACGGAUGCAAAGAUGAUCGUCCGAUUAGCCUUUGGCUCGUAAAAGAGGGUGAGGAAGAGGACUUGGAAACCGCUUUAGCAAGAUGCCCGGUUCCGCAGAAGAAAGUUGGAAAAUCUGAAGAUGGGCGAACAGCGUUCCAGAUUCCACCGAAAAGACCAAUUUACGUUACCGGAUGGGAUGAUCUCCCGGAAGACGAUCCAAAUAACUCGUCAAAGAAUAAUACUUAUGACAACCAAAGAUGGAAUGAGGCUCCUACUGUCGAAAAUCCAUGGUAUGUUGCAAACGGGCAAAUGGCCUUUGGCAAUGAUAAGAUUGGAUCAUGGGUGCGCGGAAUCACCCGUUCCAGUGCGAGCCCAAAUUCGACAAUGGCCAACCAAUUAGCGGUUACGGAGACUGUCAAAUAUGCAGUCAGCAAUGGCUAUUUGGAUAUGUGGGUCACAAUGGUGCCAAAUCUUCCUGCGAACGUCAUGAACUUGAUCAACGCAAUGAUUGCCAAAAUUCCCGCGUUGGAGACUGCCGAGUGCGAGCUCUCAAUACUUGUCGAUAGUGUCUGCCCAAAUGGGAUGAAAGAAGAGAAUCCGCUUCGUUUUAUGAACGACGUUCAAACUGUGGAAUAUAAUCGUCUCAUUAUUGAGGUGACGACGGCGAAGAUUGAAGUUCGCGAGCUUUCGAAGAAAAUUAGUCGUGAGCUUUUCGAUGCCGGAAUAGUGGCUCCUCAAAUUGAAGAUGAUAACAAUAUCCCAACCACUUCAGAGGAUUACCAUUACUCAUUCCUUGAUUAA